CUUCUUCCUCCGGGGGGGGGGAGAACCAUGAACUCUUUCCUGGAGUACCUGUCGCGGGGCGGGGACAGCUCGAGUUUAGUUGGGAAGUUUAGCAGCGCAGAGCCCGGCAGCGUGGCUUUGCGGCCGCCCUGCGCUCUGUCAGCCAGCGGGGACGGCGCUUACCCGGGUCCUACAGCGGGAAGCUUGCCGGACUUCUCCAAGCGCUUGGCGGCGCCGCCGCUGCUACAGCCGCAACAGCUGGCGCCCUGCGCGCUUACCUCGAACGUUUUCCCCUCAGCCGAGCUCAACCUGCUCUGUCCCGAGGCGCCCUCCGCAGCCCCAGAGGGGAGCGCCCCGGUGCAUUAUGCCACGUCCAUUUUCCCGGGUUGCGGCGGCGGCGGCGGCGGCGCAUACCUGCAAAUGGAUUAUACCGCCCUCGCCGAGACUUUUCAGCCUUGCCCCAAGGAUGCGCCUCUGCGGCCGCCGCCCCCGGACUUUUGCACCAAGGCCAGCGGCCAAGCGGCGGCCAGCACUUUCGAGUGGAUGAAAGUCAAGAGGAACGCUCUCCCUAAAAGUAAACCCACAGCUUGUGGGUCUUCCAGUCUUCCUAGUGUGGUAAGAACCAAUUUCAGCACUAAGCAACUGACCGAAUUGGAGAAAGAGUUCCAUUUCAAUAAAUACCUCACCAGAGCCCGGCGUGUGGAAAUAGCAAAGUCUCUGGGCCUCAAUGACACUCAAGUGAAAAUCUGGUUCCAAAAUCGGAGGAUGAAGCAGAAGAAAAGAGAAAGGGAAGGAAUAGUGAUUCCUGGAGUACCUACUCAAGUCUCUCCUUCGGUAUCCAGCCCCAGACAUUCAGGGAUGUGCUCUGUGACCCCUUCUCCUACCAAAACCUCACCUUAAUAUUAUGGCAUUACGAUAAUACUGAGAAUUGAUACAGAUGCAUGAUACUGAAAAGACUCAAAAUCUUCAAAAGCAAAAUCACACAGCUCUGUAAUGUGUGAAAUCAUGCAUAUUUGAAUUCAAGGCAUAAAAGAAGACAAUACUUGCACUAAGUUUUACACUGACCAUGGAAAAAGUCCAUUGUAUAGAAUGAAAACCUGCUGCUUUACACAGAACUGAUUCAAGGCACAAAAGGCAUAUGAUAUGUUUACAUUUUAUUUAUAUGUAUUUUCAGGGAAAGCUGCUUUCAGCUUCUAUAUGCUGCUAAACUUUGUUGCUGGCCUGGCUGAGUUUAUUUACAGGCUGAUAUUAUAUUUGUUUACUUAAAAAGAAACCCCUUCGGACUGAUGUGGGGGAUUCUACAAAUAAAACCAAAGAUAGGGAAUAACUCAUGGAUGGAAUCUAUUCUGCACCGAUUUUAAAUCUAUUUUAGUCCAACCAAUCUGUGGUUUUUAAUUCGAAUAUAAUGGGUUCCACUAGGUCUAGGACGUCCCCAUACAACUUCUUUGAGGUAUCUGUAUGGAAACACAAUCAUUAGCAGGACAGCCAUCGGGAUGUUUUGAUUCCUUUUUGUUUAUGAGGAUCAAGCAAUGAUGCUUCUUAAAAAUGAUACUUGUUAGAAAGUUCUGGCAGUAGACUGAUUUAAAAUACUUUGGUUUAAAGUUGGGUGAGGGAGAGAGAGGAAAAAAACAAAUGGGUUUAGAUUAUUAUUUAUUGCAUUGAUAUAUACCAAGAUAAAGUGUAGUAGUUAACACAAUUCCAAAGCAAAGGACCCCAAGCUUUUUUUGUUUUUUGUUUUGCUUCAUCACCUUGUUCUUCUCAGGCUAUGCAUUAACUAGCUUCGGUUUUGUUUUGAACUAGGUGCUUUAAAAAUACAUGAGCAUACAUACAAAUAACAUAGUCCAGUGAAUCAGUCUACAGGAUAUGUUGUUAAAAUUCUAUUUUAAUUUUGAACAGCAGAAACAAUUCAUAGUAGUCAUGUUCAUAGUUGAACAUUGAAUUGUAAUUCUGAGAGAACUUCCACCACACAGGGAAUAACAAGCAUUGCUAAAGGAAUAAAGGCAAUUUCCUCAGAAGAUAAUGUUAAUGAAAAUUCCAGAUUUGCAAUGUAAUCUUCAAGCAGGGUCAGAGUAAAGUCCUGGUUUCAAUUAUGGAGAACUAUUUAAUUAUCAAAUUUCUGAAAGUUCCCUUUUCUGAGAAAAUUCACUUUUUUUUAGUAAAUCCUUGAAAUUCUUAUUCUGAGAAAAAAUUAACUGAGUAUGAAUAUGGUGAGAGAAAUAUCUGGCAUUAAAUCAAAUAUCCCAUGUUCAUCCUUUGAGGGAAAGAGAACUGAGAUGAUAGAAAAGUGAAGAAAGCACUGUGUCUCAGGAAAUACGUGUAAAUAGAGAGUUGCCUUUUAUUCUUGUAUGUGAACCAUUUAAGAUGAACAUUAUGAUUUUAAUAGAAGUUCAAUUGAUGAAUAAACUUUGAGAACUGUUUACAUGCUGUUGCCAUUAAGUCUGUGGCAAUCUUGGUUUUUAAUUUCAUGCUAAUCAGCAAUUUGAAAAAGAGAGAGCCCUCUGAGACUUUUGAUAUUUCAAAAAGUCUCCAGGCUCCCAUUCCAGAGUUCUUCUGAGGAACAUGAUGUGUUGCUAGAAGAGGGUUUACAGCUGCAAGCAAAAAAAAAAAAAAAAAAAACAAGUUAUAACAGCCUGAUCCAGAAUUCAUGUAAGGAAGCCCUUGGGCACUGAAGCUAAUUAAACCCAUUACCAAAUAGUCAAAAUAAAUCAUAACUCAAAGACUUAACUGGAACAGAAAUAAAUCCAUUUAAGCAAACUGGAAUUGUCAUUGACUUGUGAGUACAAAUGAAUUGCUCAAGGAUUAGGGUGCUCACUGUUUGUUGAAGACUUACAUUAUAAGUCAUAUCAGAUUGCUGUACUUGACAGAAGUAUAUCUGAACUCUUCCUGCCCUGUAAUAUCAUGGGUACAGUCAGGUCAAUAUUUUAGUGGCCUCACUUAAAUAAUUACACUUUCCAGAGCAGAAACUGAGGGUUAUUUUUCCCACAGUGGAAAAAAAAGUCUUUGAUAGUCCUAAAAAUGACCAUAACUGUUAGACAUGGUGGAUUGUAUAUUUCACUGUAUUUGGAAAAGUUUUGUAUUAUCUGAUUAUUGCUUCCAUUAUUUUUGACUUUACACUUACGCAGUAUGAUUCCAGGUUUAUAGAGAAUCUGCCUCAGUGUGUUCAUGAGCUAUGCUAUCAAUUUGAGCUGCAAUUCUGUAUAGAGAGUAAGAUCUUUGGCCCCUAGCGAGACUUAUUUCUGUAACCAUGCAUAGCUUCUUUGAUCAAACAGGAAUGUCAGUACAGGACUUUUUAUAACCCCUUUGCUUUCUUGUUUCCUCCUUUGACCUUUCCAAUAAAAUCUACUUGAUGUUUUAGACCAU